UUUACCACUUGCUCUACGUCAGUGACAAAAACACAUACUAAUGCUACAUUCGAUAUAAAUAAACAGCGAAAGGCUUGUGUUUAUUACGACGUGUCUGCACUUGACCCCUUGCCCGGAGAUCUGGAAUCUGCAAGCCAGCCCUGCGACAAGAAGAACACCAGUAGGUUGGAUAGAGAGCAGGAGGAAAAGCCGGAGGAGCCAAAGAGAGUGGGCGCAACGAAGGGGAGAGGGGAAGGAGGAGCAACUAUCGAGGAUUAGAAAAGGGAUGGCUGGAUCUGCACUGCGCCGCCUGAUGGCGGAAUACAAACAGUUAACACUUGAUCCGCCCGAGGGCAUUGUGGCUGGUCCGAUCAGCGAGGACAACUUUUUUGAGUGGGAGGCACUGAUUGCGGGACCCGAGGGCACUUGCUUUGAGGGCGGCGUGUUCCCCGCCCGCCUCGUCUUUCCACCCGACUACCCACUGAGUCCGCCAAAAAUGAAAUUCACUUGUGAUAUGUUCCAUCCCAACAUUUUCUCCGACGGACGCGUUUGCAUAUCAAUACUGCACGCUCCCGGCGACGAUCCCAUGGGCUACGAGCUGUCCGCAGAGCGCUGGAGUCCCGUCCAGAGCGUCGAGAAGAUCUUGCUCAGCGUGGUCAGCAUGCUAGCGGAACCCAACGAUGAGAGCGGCGCCAAUGUUGAUGCCGCCAUAAUGUGGCGCGAGAAGAGAGAAGAGUUCAACGCCAUCGCCCGACGACUGGUUCGCAAAACACUCGGAUUGCCGCCGUAGAUGAUGAUCAACAGCAACUGCAAAUGGACCUUGUCCGCCACCGUCGACCCAAUUUUCCUAGCCCCCCAACACGAUUCCAAGAUUGCGACAUACUGAAAAUGCUGAUCCAUAGUUCCCCUCAAGCCCUCAAGCUGGCUAAACGACAAAGACGUUUCAAAUUAGCGAAAAUCAAGAACAAGAACCUAGCAAUAAAAUCGACUGUUAACCACAAACAGCAGGCAGCAGCAGUUCGUCCCCCUCUUAUGUUUGCGUCCGUCACUGCAGCGGAUUUAAAUAGAAGGGGUUUUUUCACCGGAAGUACUCCCUAAUUGGUAGUUAGUCAUGAGGUCUGAACAAUGUGAAAAGUUCGAAAAAAUGCUUAUAUUUCCUAUGAAUAAAUGUUUAUUUUUAUGUUUA